AUGGUAAAAAAACUUUUUAAGGAUUUAACCGGGAAACGUAGAACCCUAAACCCUAAUCCUGUCCACCAUUUGAUUCUCCGUUGUCCCCACGCCGAAGCCCUUCUUCGGUCUCCUCUCUUCCUCUCGCGGCCUCUCCAAUUAAACGUAGAAACCCUCUGUUUAGCAUCCUGUUACAGGGAGACUUUCAACUAUACAGAAGUACUGCCCAUUCAGCUAACUACAGAAGGCAUGACUAAACCUUCAAAGAAACCCUUCAACAAGACAUCAGAGGACAGGCUUAAGACAUUUCAAAAACCAUCUAAAAAGCCUUUUAAACCACUUCAAAAAUCAAAUGGCUCCAUGUCUAAAGAUGCUCAACCAAUUCAUCUUGAAGACGAUGUCCCUGACUUCCCCAGAGGUGGGCAGAGUUCACUCAGCAGGGCAGAGGUAGAUAAAGUUCGGGCAGAGGUUGACAAAGAGUUUGGAACAGAGACUAUAGUUUUGAAGAAGAAGAAGAAAGAGAAAACUAGAAACUUGAGUCAAUCAAAUGAAGAUGAAUUGGGUUCUCUUUUUGGUGAUUCACAUGGUGGGAAAUUGCCUAGAUUUGCUAACAAGAUUACUUUCAAGAAUGUUACUCCUGGAAUGAAGCUUUGGGGUGUAAUUUCUCAAGUGAAUGAGAAAGAUCUUGAAGUUAGUCUUCCAGGUGGCCUUCGUGGGUUAGUUCGUGCUUCUGAAGCAAUAGAUCCUCAGUUACAUGAUGAAAUGGAAGUGGAUACAGAAGAUGAAGUUCUUUCUUCCAUAUAUAGCAUUGGUCAACUGGUUUCAUGCAUAGUACUUAGAUUAGACAAUGAUAAUAAGAAAGAGAAAGAGAAAGGAAAGCAUAAAAUCUGGCUCUCUUUACGUCUUUCUUUGUUGCAUAGUAACUUCACUUUGGACAUUCUUCAAGAAGGAAUGGUCAUUAGUGCAUAUGUGAAAAGCAUUGAAGACCAUGGUUACAUGCUUCAUUUUGGAGUCACUUCAUUUACUGGUUUUAUGCAACACAGCAGCAAAGACACUAAGGUGGUUGUUGGGAAACUUGUACAAGGAGUUGUAAAGAGUAUUGAUAGAACACGUAAAGUUGUUAAUCUUAGUUCUGAUGCUGAUGAGGUGGCCAAGUCUGUGACAAAGGAUCUUAAAGGCAUUCCAUUCAAUCUACUUGUUCCUGGCAUGAUGGUUAAUGCUCGUGUGCUUUCAACUCUUGAAAAUGGCAUCCUACUCUCCUUCCUCACCUUCUUUACUGGAACUGCUGAUGUAUUUCAUUUGGGAAAAACUCUCCCUGAUUCAAAGUGGAAAGACGAGUAUCCUCAAAAUAAGAAGGUCAAUGCUCGGAUUUUGUUCAUCGACCCUUCAAGCAGAGCUGUUGGUUUGACUUUAAAUCCCCAUCUUAUUCAUAACAAUGCUCCACCUUCACUUGUUAAAGUUGGAGAUAUUUUUGAUGACUCAAAAGUGAUCCGAGUUGAUAGGGGAUCCGGACUUCUAUUGGAAAUCCCUUCAACUCCAGUUCCAACUCCAGCAUAUGUUAAUGUGUCAGAUUUGUCUGACAAGGAAGUCAAGAAAUGGGAGAAAAGCUUCAAAGAAGGAAGCCUUGUGCGUGUGAGAGUCUUUGGAUUUCGACUCUUGGAGGGCCUUGCUACUGGUGUUUUAAAGACUAGUGCAUUUGAAGGAACUGUUUUCACUCACUCUGAUGUGAGACCUGGAAUGAUAGUGAAGGCCAAAAUCGUAAUUAUCGAUAGUUUUGGGGCAAUUGUGCAAUUUUCUAGUGGUGUGAAGGCACUCUGUCCUCUUCGCCACAUGUCAGAAUUUGAAAUUGUAAAACCUAGAAAGAAGUUCCAGGUUGGUGCUGAAUUAGUCUUCCGUGUGCUUGGUAUCAAGUCUAAAAGAAUUACAGUCACACACAAGAAAACACUCGUAAAAUCAAAGCUUCCGAUUCUUAGCUCAUAUACAGAUGCAACCGAAGGAUUAUGGACACAUGGAUGGAUAACAAAAAUUGAAAGCCAUGGAUGUUUUGUCCGAUUUUACAAUGGUGUCCAAGGAUUUGUCCCAAGGGCUGAACUUGGUCUAGAUCCAGGAUCUGAUGUGGGUUCAAUGUAUCAUGUUGAGCAAGUUGUGAAAUGCAGAGUUACAAGCUCAGUUCCUUCUUCAAGAAGAAUCAACCUUAGUUUCUUAGUGACACCUACACCUGGAAGGGUAUCUGAAGAUGAUACAGUGAAACUUGGGAGUAUUGUAUCAGGUAGUGUUGAAAGAGUAACUCCUCAUGCAAUAAUAGUUAAUGUUGAUGUUAAAGGUUACAUCAAGGGCAUGAUUUCUCCUGAACAUCUGGCAGAUAACCAUGGGCUUGCUUCUAUGAUGAAGUCGGUAUUAAAGCCAGGAUACAAGUUUGAAAAACUUUUGGUUCUAGAUGUUGAGAACAAAAACUUGAUACUAACUGCAAAGUAUUCUCUUGUUAAUGCAACUCAGCAAUUGCCUGCAGAUGUCAGUCAAGUUUAUCCACAUUCAGUGGUGCAUGGGUAUAUCUGUAAUAUCAUCGACACUGGUUGUUUUGUGCGCUUCAUUGGGCGUUUGACUGGUUUUGCUCCUAAAAACAAGGCUGUUGAUGACCAAAGAUUUGAUCUUUCUGAAGUGUUUUUUGUUGGACAAUCUGUUCGUAGUAACAUACUUGAAGUUAAAAGUGAAACAAGCAGGAUAACACUAUCAUUGAAGCAAUCAUUAUGCUCUUCUACAGAUGCGUCUUUCAUUAAAGAAUACUUCCUCUUGGAGGAAAAGAUUGCAGAGCUGCAUUAUUCUGAUUCAAAGUCCAAUAGUCUGAAAUGGGUGAAAGAGUUCCCUAUUGGUAAUGUGAUUGAGGGAACUGUUCAUGAAGCAAAAGAAUCUGGAGUUAUUAUAAGCUUUCAGAAGUAUAAUGAUGUUUUUGGAUUUAUCACACAUCAUCAAUUUGGUGGAUCAAAUGUAGAUAUUGGUUCAACUGUUAAAGCCACAAUUCUUGAUGUAUCCAAGAUGGAUCGCCUUGUGGAUUUAUCUUUAAAACCUGAGUUAGUUAACAGAUCCAUGGAGACUUCUAGCUCCAAAACUCCCAAAAAGAUGCGCAAAAGAUCAGCUUACAAGGAUUUGGAGUUGAAUCAAACUGUAAAUGCAGUAGUGGAAAUUGUGAAGGAGAAUUAUUUAGUUUUAUCUAUCCCAGAUGCUAAAUUUGCAUUGGGAUAUGCAUCUUUAAGUGACUACAACACCCAAGCAUUCCAACAAAAACAAUUUGUCAGUGGACAAAGGGUGAUUGCAUCUGUCAUGUCUCUUCCAGAUUCUUCAACAGCUGAAAGUUAUGAUGUUGGAUCCACUGUUCAAGCUGAGGUUACAGAAAUAAAGCCUCUUGAACUUAAACUGAAAUUCGGUUCUAGUUUACAUGGAAGGAUACAUAUCACAGAGGCAAACGAUGACAACAUUCUAGAAGAUCCAUUCAGCAACUUCAAAAUUGGUCAAACUUUGACCACAAAGAUUGUGUCAAAAACCAAGGGUGAAAAUAGUAACAACAUUCGGUGGGACAUGUCCAUUAAACCCUCAGUAGUUUCAGAUGAAUCAUAUGUGAGUAAACCACAAGAUUUCAGUUACUCAAUUGGUGAAAAUAUAACUGGAUUUGUGUACAAAGUGGAUAAAGAUUGGGUCUGGAUAUCAGUAACCCGUGACAUAAGGGCACAGCUUUAUAUUCUUGACACCUCAUCUGAUCCUUCUGAGCUUCAAGAUUUCCAAAAACGGUUUCAUGUAGGAAAACGGGUAUCCGGAUAUAUUCUAAAUACUAAUAAAGAGAAAAGAUUAUUACGUGUAAUAUCACAUCCAGUAGUUGAUAAUGGAGCUUCAGAUGAAUCUUUCACAUCUCAUAUCUGUGAAGGUGAAGUUGUUGGUGGAAGAGUUUCCAAAAUACUGCCAGGUGUCAGUGGCUUAAUUGUCCAAAUAGAUCCACAUCUUUCGGGUAAAGUUCAUUUCACAGAGUUACAAGAUCCAUGGGUACCAAAUCCAUUAUCUGGAUACCAUGAAGGGCAAUUUGUGAAAUGCAAAGUUGUGGAAAUUGGUCAUUCUGGAACAGGAACUGUUCAUGUUGAUCUCUCUUUGCGUUCAUUUGUGAAUCCUCAAAGUAAUCGUUAUGAAAAGAUUGAGGAUCUUCACCCUAAUAUGACAAUAGAGGGGUAUGUGAAGAAUGUAACACCAAAGGGAUGUUUCAUUAUGCUUUCAAGAAAGCUUGAUGCAAAAAUCCUCAUCUCAAAUUUAUCAGAUGACUUUGUGUCAAAACCUGAACAAGAGUUUCCAAUUGGGAAACUUGUAUCUGGAAGGGUGGUUUCAUUGGAGCCUCUGUCAAAGAGAAUUGAAGUCAGUCUUCGGUCAACAAGUGGUACAAAAAGUCAAAAUUCUGACAUUGGUGACUUCAGUAGUCUCAAUGUUGGAGAAAUUAUAAGUGGAAGGGUGAAGCGAAUCGAAUCUUUUGGUUUGUUUAUUGCAAUAGAUCAAUCUAAAUUAGUUGGACUAUGCCAUGUGUCUGAGCUCCCUGAAGGUCAUAGUGAAGACAUUGAAACAAAGUACAAAAUUCGGGAGAAAGUUAAGGCCAAGAUUUUGAAGGUUGACGAAGAGAGACAAAGAAUCUCUUUAGGAAUGAAGGGAUCAUAUUUCGAUAAUCAAACACAAGAAAUUCAUAAUUCUGAUUCAGAUUCGGAAUCAGACAAUCCUAUUCCAACCGAGACCCCCCCGGAAUCACUGAUUCCAUUCUCAAACGGGAAACAUCCAGCAUUAGCUGAAGUGGAAUCCAGAGCUUCUGUUCUUCCUCUUGAAGUUACUUUAGAUGAAGAAGCAGAUGAGUCACCCAUGGAGGAAGAACAAGCUCAAAUUCCAGAGCCUCUUGAUAACAAAAAACCUGAAAAGAAUGAAAACAAAAGUAAACGAACAAAAAAGAAAGAAACAGAUGAAAGGGAAAGAGAAAUUAGGGCUGCAGAGGAGAGACUAUUGCAGAAAGAUGUUCCAAGAACAGCUGAUGAUUAUGAGAAGCUGAUAAGAAGCUCCCCAAACAGCAGCUUUAUCUGGAUAAAAUACAUGGCAUUUUUUCUCUCCUUGAAUGAAGUUGAAAAGGCUCGAUCAAUGGCUGAAAGGGCUUUGAGGACAAUUAAUAUCAGAGAAGAGUCAGAGAAGCUGAAUGUUUGGGUUGCAUACUUUAACUUAGAAAACGAAUACGGAUCCCCUCCAGAGGAUGCAGUGGUUAAAAUAUUUCAAAGGGCAUUGCAAUACUGUGACGCGAAAAAAGUCCAUUAUGCCCUUCUGGGAAUGUAUGAAAGAACUGAACAACACAAACUAGCAGAUGAGCUUCUUGAAAAGAUGAUGAAGAAGUUCAAGCAUUCAUGCAAAGUCUGGUUAAGGAAGAUUCAAAGGGUGUUGAAGCAAAACGAGGAUCUUGUUCAUUCUGUUGUGAAACGUGCUCUUAUUUGUCUUCCAAAACACAAACACAUUAAGUUCAUUACACAGACUGCAAUUUCUGAGUUUAAAACUGGAGUUCCUGAUAGAGGAAGAUCAAUGUUUGAAGGAAUGCUUCGUGAGUAUCCUAAAAGAACUGAUUUGUGGAGUGUUUAUCUUGAUCAAGAGAUUCGGAUUGGAGAUGUGGAUGUGAUUCGUGCUUUGUUUGAGAGAACUAUAUGUUUAGAGCUUCCUGUUAAGAAGAUGAAGUUUUUAUUUAAAAAGUAUCUUGAAUUUGAGAAGUCACAUGGGGAUGAGGAGAGAGUUGAAUAUGUUAAGGCGGAGGCUCUUAAGUUUAUUGAGAAAACCCGUGGUUAAUUAAAGAUCACAUGAGCAAUUUUUCUGAAAUUUUGAAAUUUUGUUAGGAUGGAUAUAUGGAUUUUAGGGUUUUGUAGAGGCAAUGCAUUUUAUGUAUGUGUUUUGAGUAAUUUAUAUUUCUAGCAAGUGAGGCAAUUUG